AUGAUAAAAGCACAGCAGGAAACUACGAUGAAUAUACAGCAAUCUAUGAUGAAGUUACAACAUGAAAAUAGACAGAAAAGUAAAAAGUUGAUGAUAAGAACAGAAUUUUUUAAAAUAGAAAACAAAUUAAAGAAAUACAAAAAUAAAAUAAAGAGUUAUCAACAACAAAUACAAAGAGUACUUGAUAAAAUAGCGAAAGAAACAGAAAUGAAACUAAAGAGUCAGAAGAAGCAAAUAGAAACUGCGGAAGAGAAGACACGCAAAGAAAUACAAGAAGGAAUAAAAAAAGUGGACUGGAAACUGAAGAGAGCUUUACAAUAUGAUAAGGUCGAAACAAAAAGGAAAUUAAAGAAAUCCAGAAGGCAGUAG